AGUAAAAGCUUUACAGGAAACCCUAGAAAUCUGGACACACACCAGAGGCUCGUAGAGCUAUCUUAAAUCCUAAUCUUCGAGAGGAGAAAAGAGUUAGAAUUUAGAAUCAAUUUCAAACUGUGAUAACAUCGAAGAUACAAAACAUGAUUGGGAAUGAAAGAUUGUUGUAAAGGGAGCAAUAUUUAAAAGAAAGAAAGAAAGAAAGAAAGAAAGAAAGAAAGAAAGAAAGAAGAAAGAAAAGAAGGAAGGAAGGAAGGAAGGAAGGAAGGAAGGAAGGAAGGAAGGAAGAAACUUCACCUUUCAAAAGAAAUCUUUUCAGAGAGAUGAUUCUUGGCCAAAAUCUUGGCAGAAUGAUCUUCUGGUAAGAACUGAAACUGACCAGGCAGGAUGCCCUGUGAAUGUAUGUCCAAGACGAGUUGUAUCUAAGUCCAGUUUUUCGUUUGUUUUUCUCAGAAAAGAGGGAAGGGUAAAAAUUGUCCGAAUUCAUAUUGGACUACAAAUAUCAAAUAAACUUUCCCUUUACUAUAUCAGCUCUACAGCGCAUUUCGUGUCCUUUAAUGUAUGGUUCUUGCUCUGGCUCAGAAUUUAAGGUGAAAUUUUCUGUAUGUGUCUCCUUGCUACCUAAUCCGAGGGACAGGAAACAUGAAACCCACGAGGAUUAUUAAAGAAACUUCUACCAGGAAGUGGAACCGAAAUAGACCAGGCUAGCCAGAGGGUCAUGGAGGGGCUGAGCAAACCCAGAAUAUGCAUGGUGGCACCUGAGAUGUUUUCUACCUUGAUUGCUUGGCGCGAGCAAAAUGGAUCUCAAGCCACGAGCCACCUACUAUGAAUGAAUACGAGCUGUCGGAGCCCUGCCAGAACGACGUGAGGCAAAUCGCAGCCAGGCUCCUGCCUCCGCUCUACUCACUCGUGUAUUUCCGGUUCGUGGGCAACCUGCUGGUCGUCCUCAUCCUCAUCAACUGCAAGCUGAGGGGCAUGACUGACGUCUACCUGCUCACACUGGCCAUCUCCGACCUGCCUCUUCCUUUUCACCCUCCCUUCUGGGCCCACUAUGCCGCCAACGGGUGGGUCUUCGGGGAUGUGAUGUGUAAGACGGUCACCGGGCUCUAUCACGUCGGGUACUUUGGCGGAAACUUCUUCAUCAUCCUCCUGACCGUCGAUAGGUACCUGGCUAUCGUCCACGCUGUGUUCGCUUUAAAGGCCAGGACGGUCACCUUUGGGGCGGUGACAAGCGCGGUCACCUGGGCGGUGGCCAUGGUCGCCUCUCUGCCGGGGUGUAUCUUCAGCAGAUCCCAAAAAGAGGGUUCUCGUUUUACGUGCAGCCCUCAUUUUCCAUCCAAUCAGUAUCAUUUCUGGAAGAACUUCCAGACACUGAAGAUGACCAUCUUGGGCCUGGUCCUGCCCCUGCUCGUCAUGAUCGUCUGCUACUCGGCCAUCCUCAGGACCCUGUUCCGGUGUCGGAGCGAGAAGAAGAAGCACAGGGCCGUGAAGCUCAUUUUCGUGAUCAUGAUCGGUUACUUUCUUUUCUGGGGCCCCAACAACAUCGUCCUCCUGCUGAGCACCUUCCCAGAAUCCUUUGGCCUCAAUAACUGCAGUAGCUCCAACAGACUGGACCAAGCCAUGCAGGUGACGGAGACCCUGGGAAUGACGCACUGUUGCAUCAACCCCAUCAUCUACGCCUUCGUCGGGGAGAAGUUCAGAAGCUACCUCUUGGUGUUCUUCCAAAAGCACAUCGCCAGGCGCUUCUGCAAACGUUGUCCUGUCUUCCAGGGAAAGGCCCCCGACAGAGCGAGCUCGGUUUACACCCGAUCCACCGGAGAGCAGGAAAUCUCUGUCGGCUUGUGACCUGGACCAGGUGUUUGUACGCAGCCUAGGGGCGGGAGUGACCCUUUUAAAAAGGAAGUUACUGUCAUAGAGGGCCUAAGAGUCAUCCGUGCACCUGGCUAUCUAUCCCACCACUUAAGCCCGUCACGUCUGGAAAGCCAAAUCAAUAUAUGUUGAUGACAUAGCAAACCUCCUCACCUCCCCUCCGCACACAACAACUUAUUGGCAAACUCUUCCUUCGCUGCAAAAAUUUCAUUAUAAAAAAAAAUCCCCAGAGAACUGCUAAUUCUUGAGUUUGGUGACCCGAACAGGAAUAACAAAACCAAUCAAGAUGUAUACUGUACGGUUUCUGAUCUGCUCGAGGCAACAGGUGCAGGUUGUAAGUGCGCUGAAAGCAGGUGCUUGUGGGUGAUCUGUUAAGAAACGAGCUCUUCCAAGAGCGAUCUCCCCUCCAGGGUGUGGUUGGUAAGUUCCACAGGCGAUCAGGACCGGGUGAGAGCUUCGAAGUCUUCUUCAGGGAGAAGGGGAGAGGGGAGGAAGGUUAGCUCCAGGCCUGCAGGCCCCGCACAUGCGCGGGGCGGCUCUGCCGUGGGGGGUCGGCACUGGCUGGGGAGAGACAAGGCGAGCCCGGACCAUAGGGAGCGUGCACAGCACCGCUUGUCAAAGCCAGAGCAGAGCGGGGGGGAUCCCCGGCCACUGUCGCUGGAAGCUCGUUGCGCGGCCGAACGAUGGCCUAGAAAGGUGAGCCUUUUAGGUCGGGUGUGAGGCGAGGAGGCUUUCCAUGUAGGUCCGGGCACCAGGGAUGGGGACACCCUCGCAGCAUGCGGGGUGAGAGUCCACAGAACUUGGGGUGGAUUGGGGUUGGAGGUGAGGGGCCGUGGGGAGGCAGAGAGAACCUCUAGGCUUCACGCACGAGGACUGGAGAUGCCCUUAAGGAAACCUCAGGCAUGGAAAGGGGCCAAGGCUUGCAUCGAAACCAGGAGGGGCUGGUGGAAGAGGAAGCCUCUGGUUUUGCCAGCUUGAACACAGCCUUCCGUAGACAGAACCUGGGCUCUCUAGCGGUGGCCGCUCCUGCCUUUGGAGUUGUCCUUCCCAACCCAGCUCCAACCAGGGGGCGUCUCCAGGGGGCUUGGAAGCACUAGGUUUAGGAAAUGCGGGGAGUCUGAGGCCUGGGAACACGUUUACAUCAGCUAUGACAUCCAGGGGCCGACUGUGUAGUUAAUGAACAUCCAGGGCUUUUAUAAGCACUAAGCAAAGAAGCCCCAGAGGGGGGAAGGAAGCCGGGAUGACUAAGUUUCUGCCCGCCCAGGACACACCACUGCCUCCCUAAGCGUUGUCUUCCGGAGUUAACUCUCGGUGGGCAGAGGGGAGAAGGGACAGAUUCAUUUGGAAACAGGCCGCCUCCAGCUGACUCAGCUCCGAGAAGCACCAUUUUACGGAACUCGGUGUUUCAGGCUGAGUGUGGUGGCUUUAGACUCUCCUUCCAGACGCCUUCUCCCGACACACCCCCGAACACUAAGGGAUCUAUUCCUUUCAAAGACAGGGUCAUGAUUUCGUGUUUGGCAGUUGCUCCUUGUACUCUUUUGUACCUGCCCGAGAUGGUUUGGAAUCCGGGAGGAGCUAAGACCAUUUGGGAGAGAUGAGGUGAGGCGACAUCAAAGCAGUGAGACUCCCUCACAAGAUGAAGGUAUCAGAACAAUAAGAGGUGCUACUGAUGUUUCUCAGCUCUGAAAUAUGACCUUGAGAGCGCGGGUGUCGACGGGGAGCAACCGGAAGUGCUCUUGAGGUCGUUUCAAGGGCACAAGUAUCCUAUGACCUAGCCUCCUGGGUCAACUCAAAGGCACUCUGAUAUCUUUGUGUGUCGAAUACAUAUCAUGUCUGAUGUGAUCCGGCUCAUGUAUAUAGAAAGUUACAAAUCACUUGGAAGAAAACCCUUGCCUAGUAAAAAAUCACCCUGUAAAA